GAGGAGGGAGCCGGGGGGAGGGGGCGGGGCCGCGCCGCCCGCGCCGCGCUGGGCGCUCUCGGCCAAUGAGCGGCGUCCACAUGCCGCGGCGGCGGCGAGAGGGGAGGCAGCGGCCGAUAAAUGCUAUUAGAGCAGCCGCCGCGGAGCCGUCCCCGACGCCACCUCCUUCUCGUUCGCCGCAGUUUCCUCCGCCGCUGUCGUGCGUGCGGAGCUGAGGGACCCGGUCGAGCGUGCUGCGCACCGCCCCGCCGGCUCGCCUCCCUUGCCGCGUUCCGCCCUCGGAGGUCGGCCGGGCGCCCCCUCCUCCGGCCCGGGCUGGGCCUCUGAUCGCCUCAAGAGAACGGGGAGGGGGCUCGGGGGCCGCGGCCUGCGCUCCCCGCGGGCGGCCGAGGGCGAGGGAGGCCCUCCCUUCUGCGAGGGGAGGGAGGGUCAGGAGCCCCCCACCCGCCCUGCGGACCUCGGGGCCGCGCGAGGGGCGGUUGUCUGGGGGAGGGGGCGCGGGGUGAUUCAGCGCCCGGCGAGGCGGAAGCGGCCGCAGGAGGAGGAGGGGAGCGCCCGUCCGCGCCUGGGCUCCCGGGGUGGCACGAGCCCGCGGCCGGAGUGCGAGGCGGAGGCGAGGAGGCCGCGGGGACGGGAGGCGAGGCCGGCCGGGCCCCCGAAGCCAUGGAGAACGCGCACACAAAGACGGUGGAGGAGGUGCUGGGCCACUUCGGCGUCAACGAGAGUACGGGGCUGAGCCUGGAGCAGGUCAAGAAGCUCAAGGAGAGAUGGGGCUCCAACGAGUUACCGGCUGAAGAAGGAAAAACCUUGCUGGAACUUGUGAUUGAGCAGUUUGAAGACUUGCUAGUUAGGAUUUUAUUACUGGCAGCAUGUAUAUCUUUUGUUUUGGCUUGGUUUGAAGAAGGUGAAGAAACAAUUACAGCCUUUGUAGAACCUUUUGUAAUUUUACUCAUAUUAGUAGCCAAUGCAAUUGUGGGUGUAUGGCAGGAAAGAAAUGCUGAAAAUGCCAUCGAAGCCCUUAAGGAAUAUGAGCCUGAAAUGGGCAAAGUGUAUCGACAGGACAGAAAGAGUGUACAGCGGAUUAAAGCUAAAGACAUAGUUCCUGGUGAUAUUGUAGAAAUUGCUGUUGGUGACAAAGUUCCUGCUGAUAUAAGGUUAACUUCCAUCAAAUCUACCACACUAAGAGUUGACCAGUCGAUUCUCACAGGUGAGUCUGUCUCUGUCAUCAAGCACACUGACCCCGUCCCUGACCCACGAGCUGUCAACCAAGAUAAAAAGAACAUGCUGUUUUCUGGUACAAACAUUGCUGCUGGGAAAGCUAUGGGAGUGGUGGUAGCAACUGGAGUUAACACUGAAAUUGGCAAGAUCCGGGAUGAAAUGGUGGCAACAGAACAGGAGAGAACACCCCUUCAGCAAAAACUAGAUGAAUUUGGGGAACAGCUUUCCAAAGUCAUCUCCCUUAUUUGCAUUGCAGUCUGGAUCAUAAAUAUCGGUCACUUCAAUGACCCAGUUCAUGGAGGGUCCUGGAUCAGAGGUGCUAUUUACUACUUUAAAAUUGCAGUGGCCCUGGCUGUAGCAGCCAUUCCUGAAGGUCUGCCUGCAGUCAUCACCACCUGCCUGGCUCUUGGAACUCGCAGAAUGGCAAAGAAAAAUGCUAUUGUUCGAAGCCUCCCGUCUGUGGAAACCCUUGGUUGUACUUCUGUUAUCUGCUCGGACAAGACUGGUACACUUACAACAAACCAGAUGUCAGUCUGCAGGAUGUUCAUUCUGGACAGAGUGGAAGGUGAUACUUGUUCCCUUAAUGAAUUUACCAUAACUGGAUCAACUUAUGCACCUAUUGGAGAAGUGCAUAAAGAUGAUAAACCAGUGAAAUGUCACCAGUAUGAUGGGCUGGUAGAAUUAGCAACAAUUUGUGCUCUUUGUAAUGACUCUGCUUUGGAUUACAAUGAGGCAAAGGGUGUGUAUGAAAAAGUUGGAGAAGCUACAGAGACUGCUCUCACUUGCCUAGUAGAGAAGAUGAAUGUAUUUGAUACCGAAUUGAAGGGUCUUUCUAAAAUAGAACGUGCAAAUGCCUGCAACUCAGUCAUUAAACAGCUGAUGAAAAAGGAAUUUACUCUCGAGUUUUCACGUGACAGAAAGUCAAUGUCAGUUUAUUGUACACCAAAUAAACCAAGCAGGACAUCAAUGAGCAAGAUGUUUGUGAAGGGUGCUCCUGAAGGUGUCAUUGACAGGUGCACCCACAUUCGAGUUGGAAGUACUAAGGUUCCCAUGACCUCUGGAGUCAAACAGAAGAUCAUGUCUGUCAUUCGAGAGUGGGGUAGUGGCAGCGACACCCUGCGAUGCCUGGCCCUGGCCACUCACGACAACCCACUGAGAAGAGAAGAAAUGCACCUUGAAGACUCUGCCAACUUUAUUAAAUAUGAGACCAAUCUGACCUUCGUUGGCUGUGUGGGCAUGCUGGAUCCUCCAAGAAUCGAGGUGGCCUCCUCCGUGAAGCUGUGCCGGCAAGCAGGCAUCCGGGUCAUCAUGAUCACUGGGGACAACAAGGGCACUGCUGUGGCCAUCUGUCGCCGCAUUGGCAUCUUCGGACAGGAUGAGGAUGUGACGUCAAAAGCUUUCACAGGCCGGGAGUUUGAUGAACUCAACCCCUCUGCCCAGCGAGAUGCCUGCCUGAACGCCCGCUGUUUUGCUCGAGUUGAACCCUCCCACAAGUCUAAAAUUGUAGAAUUUCUUCAGUCUUUUGAUGAGAUUACAGCUAUGACUGGUGAUGGCGUGAAUGAUGCUCCUGCUCUGAAGAAAUCUGAGAUUGGCAUUGCUAUGGGCUCUGGCACUGCGGUGGCUAAAACUGCCUCUGAGAUGGUCCUGGCGGAUGACAACUUCUCCACCAUUGUGGCUGCCGUUGAGGAGGGGCGGGCAAUCUACAACAACAUGAAACAGUUCAUCCGCUACCUCAUCUCGUCCAACGUUGGGGAAGUUGUCUGUAUUUUCCUGACAGCAGCCCUUGGAUUUCCCGAGGCUUUGAUACCGGUUCAGCUGCUCUGGGUCAAUCUGGUGACAGAUGGCCUGCCUGCCACUGCACUGGGCUUCAACCCUCCUGAUCUGGACAUCAUGAAUAAACCUCCCCGGAACCCAAAGGAACCAUUGAUCAGCGGGUGGCUCUUUUUCCGUUACUUGGCUAUUGGCUGUUACGUCGGCGCUGCUACCGUGGGUGCUGCUGCAUGGUGGUUCAUUGCUGCUGACGGUGGUCCAAGAGUGACCUUCUACCAGCUGAGUCAUUUCCUACAGUGUAAAGAGGACAACCCGGACUUUGAAGGCGUGGAUUGUGCAAUCUUUGAAUCCCCAUACCCGAUGACAAUGGCGCUCUCUGUUCUAGUAACUAUAGAAAUGUGUAACGCCCUCAACAGCUUGUCCGAAAACCAGUCCUUGCUGAGGAUGCCCCCCUGGGAGAACAUCUGGCUCGUGGGCUCCAUCUGCCUGUCCAUGUCACUCCACUUCCUGAUCCUCUAUGUCGAACCCUUGCCACUCAUCUUCCAGAUCACACCGCUGAACGUGACCCAGUGGCUGAUGGUGCUGAAAAUCUCCUUGCCCGUGAUUCUCAUGGACGAGACGCUCAAGUUUGUGGCCCGCAACUACCUGGAACCUGGUAAAGAGUGUAUACAGCCUGCCACCAAAUCCUGCUCGUUCUCGGCAUGCACCGAUGGGAUUUCCUGGCCGUUUGUGCUGCUCAUAAUGCCCCUGGUGAUCUGGGUCUAUAGCACAGACACUAACUUUAGUGAUAUGUUCUGGUCUUGACUGACAGUUUUCCAUAAAGAAGAUGUUUAACUUAAUCAAUUAAUUUUUUUAUUGUUUAAAGCAACUGUCUUAUUUCUGCUGAAUUUUCACAUGAACAUACUGGCUGGUGAUGGAGGUUUCAUACUCUAGAUUUUGUUUUGCUUUUUCUGACUCCAGUGGGGCAAGAUUUUCCUUUUUUAUACACAUAAUUAAAGUGUCCAUUGACAUGUACAGAGAACUAACACUAUUUUAUGCAAAUAUUUUUUUGUAGAUGAAAAAGCAUGUACAGUGUUCUGUUUAAUACUCAUCCUUGUAUAAAAAAAAAUAGUUGAGCCAGCAGACAUUGUCAGCAAAUUAAUUGGCAGCAGAUUUUAGGAAAUGAAUGUGUGUGGUUUUUUUCCUAAAACUAAAUAGCAUGUAUUGUGUCUUUUGCAUGAUGAUCUGGAUUUAAUUUGGUAUCAGAGUCUAAUUUUUAUUCAUAAGCCAAUUUUUCUGCACUGAGCAGAGUCUUGCUACCUCAGUCAGUAUUGUUUUGGUUUGCUACUUCCCUCACCCACUUCGGCCUCCAUUCACCCCACCCCACCCUCCCUGCCUCUCCCCACCUCACCCCUGCCCUGCUUGGCUGCUUCUUUAGGAUUGUGAUGGUUCGUUCAGUUUACAUCAGUUUUAAUGAGAGGUAUGCCUGUACUCGCUUGUGCAGAAAACAUUGUUUCAGAUUCAAUCGACUGGGUUUAUGUCCCUUCACAUAGUUUUUAAGGUUAUUUAUUUAAAUGUCUAAUGUAUUUUAUUGUAACAGACAUUGUUUUGCCAACAUUGCCUAUUUCAGUGGCACAUCACAAUCUAGUUUUAAAAAAAUAAAACAUUUUAAAUGGACAGAGAAAAA